CGCGCGCUCACGCCUAUUGCCCGCCCGCACUCGCUCACUCGCGACUCACGAGAGCGGAGAAAUCAAAACACUCUCACCGUCGACACUGAGAAGAACUCAAAAACAGCCGUAAAACCGUCACUGCCCAACGGACGAAUGUCAUCGCAACGUUUCUCUCUCGACUGGAGCAACAGGAACGGAGACAACAACGAUUUUCGUACUGAAUGUACCACAAUUUCUGUGGGGAAGGAUACCGUGUUUCGCGAAGCGUUGUAACGUUUUGCCUAAGAAGUUUUUAAAACAAGUUUGGCCGUUUGUGGAUGAUUUCAGAGUUUGAGAGCUCGUUGUUUUGAACGCAUCCCGUUGGCGCUUGAAAGGAGAUACCUCAAGAGGAGUAAAAAGCAUGGAUUUAUUCUUCAGUUAGACUAAUAUAACUUUGACAAACCCUCGGACGUUGUGUGUAGCAUUUGUUUUUCAGUCAUUUCUUGUACAGUUAUAUAUCUGCUGUCCUCCCGAAAGACACAUUGUUACUGUGACAGGACACGUUUGCACAGCCACAUAUAUCAGUCCAUAAUGAAGAAGAGGAAACUGAACUGAAUCUCUGAGGAGAAAACGCAUCUAAAUCGUAUUAUAGCAGCUUGUGGCACAUAAACGCGAUAUUUCUGUUAUGUUUAUGUUAUGUACUGGGAUAUACCGACGUCUUAUAUGCAGUUUAACGUUAACUCGGACCAGCUGCAUUUAACCUAACAUUGAAAGUUUUUAGGUGUGUAUCGUUCAAUAAUUAAUAUACCCACAAUCUACCGUUACGUGUAGUGCCCUUUGGACUGCUAACUGUUAUAAGUCCGUUCACUGACAGUUAUCUUGUCACUUCGUUCAUUUGCGAACAUCGGGCUGUCAGUUUUCCAGAUUAUUGCCAUUAUUCGCAUUCAUCUCUGUCGAUAUGGAGGAGUGGAGGCAGUGCGGGCGCUGGUUGAUAGACUGUAAGGUUUUGCCCCCGAACCACCGGGUCGUUUGGCCCUCAGCUGUGGUGUUCGACCUUGCCCAAGCGCUCAGAGAUGGGGUGCUCCUGUGCCAGAUGCUGCACAACCUGUCCCCUGGAUCCGUGGACCUAAAGCAGAUCAACUUCAGGCCUCAGAUGUCACAGUUUCUGUGCCUGAAGAAUAUCCGGACGUUCCUGAAAGUGUGCCACGACAAAUUCGGCUUGAGGAACAGCGAGCUGUUUGAUCCUUUCGACCUGUUUGACGUGAGAGACUUCGGGAAGGUGAUCUCUGCGCUGUCCCGAAUCUCCCACCACAGCAUUGCGCAGAUCAAAGGCAUCAGGCCCUUUCCAUCAGAGGACACAGCACUGAAUGAAGAUGAUGUGUACCGGAGCUUGGAGGAGUUGGCAGACGAGCAUGACGUUGGAGAGGAUGACAUUUACGACUGCGUCCCCUGCGAUGAUGACGGUGACGACAUCUACGAGGACAUCAUCAAGGUGGAGGUUAGACAGCCCAUGAAAAUGGGCAUGACGGAGGAUGACAAGAGGAAUUGCUGCUUGGUGGAGAUUCAGGAGACUGAAGCAAAGUACUACAAGACACUGGAGGACAUUGAGAAGAAUUACAUGAUCCCCCUGAAGCAAGUGUUAACUCCACAGGAGAUGGAGGCUAUAUUUGUGAAUUUAGAGGACAUCAUCAAGGUCCACUUCGCUCUGCUAAGAGCCAUCGACAUGACCAUGGUGAGCGGAGGCAUCGGCCUGGGAAAAACCUUCCUGGACUUCAAGGAGAGACUGCUGAUUUAUGGCCAGUACUGCAGCCAUAUAGAGAACGCUCAGAAGACACUGGAGGAGCUGAUCAUCACACGGGAAGACGUCAAGUGUAAAGUGGAGGAGUGUACCAUGAAGGUCCAGGAGGGCAAGUUCAAGCUUCAGGAUCUCCUGGUGGUUCCUAUGCAGAGGGUCCUCAAAUAUCACCUUCUGCUUAAGGAUUUAGUGAGUUACUCUAUGAACCGGCCGGAGAGACAGCAGCUAAAGGAGGCACUGGAUGCCAUGCAGGACCUGUCCAUGUACAUCAACGAAGUGAAAAGAGACAACGAAACGUUAAAGAAAAUAAGCGAAUUUCAGAGCUCUAUAGAUAAUCUGCAGGUGAAACUAGAAGAAUAUGGUAGACCAAAGAUAGAUGGAGAACUGAAGGUGUCUUCUAUAGUUAACCGGACCAAACAAGAUAGAUACAUCUUCCUGUUUGAUAAAGUCGUGAUUGUAUGCAAGAGGAAAGGCGAUAACUAUGAGCUAAAGGAGAUCAUCGAACUUCACUUUUACAAGAUGUCCGAUGACCCCAUGAGUAACCGUGACAUGAAAAAGUCAAGUGGAAAAAUGUGGUCCUACGGGUUCUAUCUAAUCCACCUCCAGGGGAAACAGGGUUUCCAGUUCUUCUCCAAGACGGAAGACACCAAGCGCAAGUGGAUGGAGCAGUUCGAGAUGGCCAUGUCAAACAUCAAACCAGAGAGAGCCACUGCCAACCAGCACAACUUCCAAAUGCACACAUUUGAAAAGAACACCAACUGCAGGGCCUGUAAAAUGCUGUUGAGAGGUAUUUUCUACCAAGGUUACUACUGUUCACGCUGUGGGACCGGUGUCCAUAAGGAGUGUCUGGAGGUCAUUUCCAUCUGCAAAAUAAGUCCUCUUGAUUCGGAGCCUGGACUUCCACAAUCAGGUCCCAAGAUGGUGGCCAUUAGAAAUUACCAUGGUACCCCUGCCCCCCCAGGCAAAAUACCACUGUGUUUCCAGACAGGAGAAGUUAUCGAGCUCAUGAAGGGAGAUCCAGACACGUCGUGGUGGGAGGGCAAGCUCAUCACAACCCAGAAGACUGGCUACUUUCCCAGUUCAAGUGUCAAACCAUGUUUAGAUCCUAAGCCUUUCCAGUCAUUUUCCAGCCGUCAGUCCUCCAGAGAGAUGGAUUACUGCGUUUAUCCCUGGUUCGCUGGAAACAUGGAGCGACAGCAGGCCGACAACCUGCUUAAGUCUCACAGCAGCGGCACCUAUCUGAUCCGAGAGAGAACGGCGGAGGCCGAGAGAUUCGCCAUCAGUAUCAAGUUUAAUGACGAAGUGAAGCACAUCAAAGUUAUCGAGAAAGACAACUGGAUACACAUCACAGAAGCGAAGAAGUUUGAAAGCCUCUUGGAGCUUGUGGAGUAUUAUCAAAGUCACUCAUUGAAAGAGAGCUUUAAGCUGUUGGAUACGACCUUAAAGUACCCUUACAAAUCCCGGGAACGAUCGAGCUCUCGCACCAACACCCGCUCACCAGCCUCCUGCGCUUCCUACAACUUCUCCUUCCUCAGUCCUCAGGGCCUCAACUUCUCCUCUCAAAGCUCUGCUCCCUUUUGGUCAGUGUUCACACCCAGGGCGGUCAGCACAGCUGUGGCGCGAUACAACUUUGCCGCUCGAGACAUGAGAGAGCUGUCCUUGCGAGAGGGAGACAUCGUCAAGAUCUACAGCAAGAUCGGCGGCGACCAGGGCUGGUGGAAGGGAGAGGCCAAUGGCAGGAUUGGAUGGUUCCCCUCUACAUAUGUCGAUGAGGAGGGGGUGCAGUGAAGUUCUGGGGUCCCCGGUCAUCCAAUCAGACUGUUCUGAUUCACAUCCCUAUAAGAGGACUCUCCAUGGAAACACCUCAUGGAACACUUUUUUGCUGGAAACAUUUAACAUUGAGUAUUUGUACUUCCAUCUCCUAUCAUCAUGUACAAAUAUGAUUUUUUCCUUUCUCGGAAUGUCCGAGUGAUCUCUUGCAGAGUCUAUUCGUUCUAAGCAUCCGAAGGGCUCGCGUGGAAAAACAGAACGGAGCAGAACUGCCUCGAACCGGCCAAAGGGAUUAGCAUGGCUUUAAGAUGUACAGUAAUACCUGUAACGUGUGCCGGCGGCCACUGGGGUAUAAUGGGGUGCGGGGUAUAAUUAUUAGAAAAUAAAUCUAUAAUUUAUUAAAGAGAAAUAUCUAUGAUUUUAAUGCGAUGUUGAACGUUUGUUUAGCAGAAGCAGUGCAAAGAAUAUACAAGAGCAGAAAAUGCACUUUGCAUUUCUUUUCAGAGAGAAAUUGCCUUAGUAAUUGGUAAUGCCUUUAUAGGUGGAGGUGAAGAGAUGGAGCUCAGAUUUGUCUUGCACAUACACACUGAUAUAUCCGCCCUGACCAGAAAUACGGUGCCUUUACAUAUGUGUUCCUCACUGUCAACAUGUCCGGUUUAAUGUGCAGUUUUAUCAACUGGUUCUGCAGCACUGCACUCUCACAGUCCCGUCCGCAUGCUGAACUGUCAGAACACCACAGAAGAAAACCGAACAUCUAUUGAACUGACGUGAGCAGAAGAUCAGAUCUGCUGCUCAAUUCACUGAAACUGAGAGAUGCAAACGGAUCUUUGCGAUAACUUUGCAAAAUGGUGAAAAGAACUUUGUGAUGGAUACCAGCAUCAUGUCUUCACAUGCAAACGUGCCAUGGAGUAUACAAAAUGAGAUUUUGCGAUUCACAAAGUUUGGACGUAAAAGGAGAAGCUCAAACUGCUGUUCUGUGCACUGAUGUUCAUGAAUGCCCAGAGGUUUUUGCGAAAUGUUUUGUCUUCAACAAGCACACUGUUUUAUCACUCCAAAUCUUUUUCAACUGCAGCCUGCCAUAAGAGUAUCUUGCCUUACUGAUUGGCGGUCGCUUGGUGCUACAGAGCUACAUAUUAAAUACCGUGAGAUCAGGGCAGGAUCUUCUUCACUGUUGUUGUGGACUUAGGAGACCCCCUGCUGAAGAACCUCAGCCAUCAAGUGCACUUUAUCUGUCCAGAGACCUUUUAAAACAAGACUCCACACCGCAGACCUGGACAUUAAAGUUGAAUAUUAUUAUAAAUGUCCUUAUUUUUUACCUCUGGGAGACAAACGUACAGUAUAAAAACACGAUGAGCAUCGUCCUUUGAACAUUACCUGUAAACUCCGUAAGUGCAUGGAUGUGUCCGUCAUACAAUAUUUUGAGAAACACCUUUUGCUGUUGCCGCCUAUCAAAAACGGAGUGUUGGACUCAUAAAAGAUAUGACAUGUUUUAGCUGCGCUUAGUUCCUGUUUGUGUAGUGGAUGAAACCCAUUGCAUGUGGUCAUAGAUAUUACAACUGCUGUCCGUGGAUCCUGAAAAAAAGAUUUAAAAAAACAUGGAAUCGUGUACUUUUUAGAAUGGUCAGUGAUUUACAAACUGAGGUCUAUCAUGAAAUAAAUAUUUCUUUUUUGCCUA